AGAUCCAGGUUUACGUGAUAAUCUUUGGACCGUUUAUUCAAUUUCCUGACAGGUGAUUGUGGCUCGUGCUCUCCCACACCCUUCAACCCCCCCGGGACACUUUUCUCUUUAAUCUAAUUGGAUGAUAAGUGGGUGCGUUCUGCGGAGCCCGGAGCCAAAACGCUUGCGCGGCCUUCUUCUCUGGAGUCCGAUCUCGUCACAGUUUCCUCUCAAAUCCCAUUUGCUAUUAUACCUGCCCAAUCGCAGAGACCGAGCGCGUUUUAACUCGGAUGGCAUUUCUGUUCCAUCAUUACAAUCCAGCGCAGGUUUGACGCAGUGAUCUCUGCGCGCUGAUCAGGGGACGGCUUUCUGUCUCUUGCGUCCUUGACUUAUAUUCUUAUUCAAAAACCAAGAAACUUGCUGAUGCUUGUUGAGUUAAACAUUUAUCUCAAUAUUUUAUGGUAUUUUAUUUCGGACAGUAAACGGUGAUGGCAGAUUCUGAUGCGCAAGACACUCGCCAACCCGCUAAAGACUCACCCUUCUCCAUCAAGAACCUGCUCAACAUUGAAGACAAACCAUCAAAGCCAAAAAUCACACUUGGUUCAUCCAAAGGAGUGUUUGAAGGCAGUUUCUUUUCUCGGCUCAGUGACUUGUCUCUUCCUCGAUUCGAGCUGCCAACUCAGAGGAUCGGACUGUCAGCGCAGUAUUUGGAGAGAGCGUCUGCCUGGUGGUACCCAUACGCGCUGGGGACGCAUUUUAGGACUGGAGUGUGUGAGAAGAUCAAUCCAAGAGAAGAGUCGCCGGCACCCGACAGACGCUCCCCGGAUCUUCCAAAAAGUGACCAAGAUGCCAAAGAUGAAAGCGCCGACGACGACAUCGCCCUGGAUGAAAGUGACGCGGAGGAGUCAAAGAAAGAAACGGACCAGGAUGAGGACUGGAGGAGAAAAUCUGACGACCUAGACCCUGAGAAAAAGUCGUGCCGGAAGAAGAAGACGCGCACGGUGUUUUCCAGGAGCCAGGUCUUCCAGCUGGAGUCCACUUUUGACAUCAAGCGCUACCUGAGCAGCUCGGAGAGGGCUGGCCUGGCCGCGUCGCUGCACCUGACCGAGACGCAGGUGAAGAUCUGGUUCCAGAACCGGAGGAAUAAGUGGAAAAGACAGUUGGCCGCAGAGCUGGAGGCGGCCAACAUGAGCCAUGCGGCGGCGCAGAGGAUUGUGCGUGUUCCGAUACUUUACCAUGAGAGCGGCGCCUCGGAAACGAGCGGUGGCCCCGGUACAAACUCACCGAGCAGCCAGUCGCUCCUGGCUUUCCCCCACCACAUGUACUAUUCCCAUUCAGCCCCCCUGCUGAGGCCAGUUUAACAACGAUGGUGUCAGAAUGUACAGAUGUUUUUAAUGAAAUCAAUUCGAAACCAAAAUAAAAAAUUGUAUAUUUUGUAGAUUCAAGGACAAUUGUUUAAGGCUGUAUUAUUAUUAUUAUUAUUAUUAUUAUUAUUAUUAUUAUUAUUAUACAUUCCUACAAUACAGGGUCUCUCAAUUGUGUUGCAAAGGAGCAAACAAAAUAUAUUAUUAUUUUUAUUGUUGGCGAGUCUCACAAAUGUGUGUGCGUGUGUGUAUAUUUUAAUUUGUUCAGUUGUGACAAAAGGAGCUUUGGAACAGAGUCGGCUCUCUGCUUUGCAGAGAUUUGUGUCAGUGUUUGUACCUGAAAAUGUGGAAUUUAAUAUUUAGAUAUUUUCAAAUGUUGUGCAAUAUUGUUGUUGUUUUUUUAGCUUUUAAGACCUUUGUCAACAAUAGCUCAGUUAAAAAGAGAAAAUCUCUUUGUAAUAGUGAAGACAAUCAUGCGAUUCCUAGAGAAAACUGAAAAAAAAGAAAUCUAUAAUAACAGGAUUUUUUUAUAAGACGCAUCCAUGAGAGAGCCAAAAAGUCUGCUUCUGCGUGUUUUUUGUCUGAUAAUUACAUCCUGUAGCUCUGAUUUCCCUUUCAGUAAAAUGAAAUAAAAAAAUGAAUAUUGUAUUAAAAGCAGUCCAAUAAAUAAAUAAACCAUUUACUCUU